GUGGCCCUUCCUACCUCAUCGCAGAGUGACAGUGGCAGAAGGACGCAGACCUUUAAUCCUGUUUCGCAGCAGGUUUAGCAGAGGAGCGGCUGCAGCAGCCUGGAAAUGACCAUGGAGAAGAUCCUGAAGGCAGAGCUGAACACCAACCUCCUGAAGGCAGUGGGGAGCUCUGGAGGAGGAUGCAUCAGCCAAGGCCAAACGUAUGAGACAGACAGAGGACGGGUAUUUGUGAAAAUCAACCACAAACCUCAGGCUAGAAAAAUGUUUGAAGGGGAAAUGGCAAGUUUGGAAGCGAUUCAGAAAACCAAGAUUGUAAGAGUGCCUCAGCCCAUCAAAGUGAUUGACCUGCCUGGAGGAGGAGCCAUGUUUGCCAUGGAGUACCUAAAGAUGAAGCACCUCAACAAAUACUCUUCAAAGCUGGGAGAGCAGAUAGCAGAGCUUCAUCUUUACAACCAGAAACUGGGAGAGAAGCUGAGGACUGAGGGAAGCACAAUUGGAAAAGGAGCCGGUCACUCUGAGGCUCAGUUUGUGGAUCAGUUUGGAUUCCACACAGCCACUUGCUGUGGUUAUAUCCCACAGGUGAAUGAGUGGCAGAGUGACUGGCCAUCCUUCUUUAUCCGUCACCGACUCCAGGCUCAGCUGGAUUUGAUUGAAAAAGAUUAUGGAGACAGAGAAGCCAGAGAACUCUGGUCACAGCUAAAACCAAAGAUUCCUGAAAUGUUCUGUGAUGUAGAAAUUGUUCCUGCUCUCCUGCAUGGGGACCUGUGGGCAGGGAAUGUGGCUGAGGACGACUCCGGGCCGAUUAUAUUUGACCCUGCCUCCUUCUAUGGCCAUUCAGAAUUUGAACUGGCCAUUGCUGGAAUGUUUGGGGGGUUCAGCAGCUCUUUUUUCUCUGCCUAUCACAGUAAAAUACCCAAAGCUCCAGGAUUUGAGAAACGAAACAAGUUGUAUCAGCUCUUUAAUUACAUAAACCAUUGGAACCAUUUUGGGACCGGGUACAGGGGCUCUACCCUAAACAUGAUGAAGAAACUUCUGAAGUAACCAGAUACAUUUGGGAAAUUCUGACACAGUCCCUUAGGAAUGAGCAGCCCCUGCUCAUCCCAAGUACCACAAACUUGGAAUUGAUGGUAAAAGACCUGAUAAGGAGAAGGUUUAAUGCACUUUUGAGCCUCACUAACUAAGAGCAAUUGUGUAAUCUUUAACUUUGGCACUAGUUUCCCUGCACAGAUUCCUCCCUGCUGAAGGAAAGGGCUGCACUGUUUGUCAUGGCUCCACUGGUUUGGAAAGCAGCACAACAGUCAGCCUGCCCUUGCUCUCUCACCCUGUAGCUGCUGUGCUCCCACUGUUGUUCCACAGCAGCAUCUUCCCAGUCCUGCUGCUGCUCCACCAGCAGUUUGCUGUAGAGAGCUGCAGUUGUGGCACAGUGGUGCUGGAAGUAAUAACAAGUUCUUAUGUCUGCCCUUGUUAGUUCUGGCUUAGUUUUCUGUCUGUUCCCAGCCCUUUUCCCGUGGUCUUCUGUUUCCCUCUCCUUUAGUUUUGCAUGUCAAGUGUCCUAAUCCAAAAUUUCAGUCAGAUUCUGUGAAUCUGGAAACAUUCUCUUUUUAAUUUAAUGAGCAGACAAGGCCCUUUAGCUGCAUUUGGCAACCAUAUGUAAUUAAUAAUAUUUCUAAUAUUUAUUUUAAUUGAACAUAAUUUACUUGCAUUCAUUUUUCUCUUGAUACGAGAACUGAAAUUCCAGUGGUAUUUUCUAUAAGGAUGUCUAAUUCCUUGGUAAUUAUAAUAAUAAUAAUAAUAAUUCCUGUACAGUCAGAAGUAGGUUGUUACCACUCAAAGCUGAUAAUAGCAUUUCAUCGUUUUAGUGUGAUAUUUUAGUGUGUUGUACUACAAUAGUAACAUAUUUGAAUAGCAUUGUAAAAAGACAGCAAAGUGUGGGAGGGAGGCUCUGUGGUUGGGUGAGAAGAAGCACCUGUGGCUGCUGGGUUGGUUGGUGCUUGACGUUGAUUUUCAAUUUUAGGAAAUGAGUGCAGUGGGCAAAGCUGGUCUGUUGUGCCACCACUGGGUUAUGGAAGGAAUAGUGUCAAAUCUGAUACAUUUGUAAGGGGUUUUAUUGUUCCUUACUGCUUUAUUUUUACAGUAAACACGGGCAGUGGGAAUUUGAGGAGAAAAGUGUUCAGCAAGACAAUGGUGUACAAUCUGAGCUAGAGGACAUCAGUGACUCUGGGGGGAUUUUAAUGGAAGAAAGUGGCAAAGAGAGUAAAAGUAAGUGCAGUCCCACAAAUAUGAAUUAGAAGGUUUGGGUAAGAAUGAUCUGAGUUCAGGCUUCAGAUGGUUGGCAUGAUUAGAACUAAAAUAUUCUGUUCAAAAGUGCUCAAAUAUGUUUAGGCUUUUUUCAAUUUUAAAUGGUCAUGCUAUAAAGAUUUAAUGAAGUUUAAAAUUUGAUGUUGUAAUUGGUUUAAAACAAUUGCACUUUGCUGUCUGUAAAUAUGAUACAAAUAGUGAAAAACUUUUACUUCUUUUGAAUCGGGAAUCUGUCAAAGUUGGUUAUAAAACUUAACAGAACUGAAACAGUGGAAAAGUGGAACAGUAGGGUUAGAACAUAGUUGGGAUUGUAGCUGAUGGCUGGAAAAAUCUAGGUCUGAGGAAAGAGCAAAGUGCAUGUGCACUUUUUGGUGUUUAUGAAUAUGAACAAACCGACCUGUAGCACACUGGGGAGUACUUGUGAACUCAAACUUGUUCUCAAAUAAAACACUCGCCUUGCAGAAACCCA